AUGAUUGACCAAAUUGGUCUUCCCACGCUCUUCUUGACUUUGAGUGCCGCCGACUUCCACUGGCCUGACCUGUUUCGCCUGUUCCUGGCCUGCGAGGGACUUUCAGCGGAAGAGCGCGUUCUACUUGAAGAACUCACCGAAGAACACCGUCGAAACUUCAUCGCGAAUCGGCCAUUCGUGCCCAGCAUGUUCUUCAUGAAGAGGGCCGAGCUGUUCCUCAUCAAGAUCUUGAAGAUGAUGUACCCUGUCACUGACAUCUGGUUCCGUUACGAGUGGCAAUUUCGCGGAAGUCCGCACGUGCAUUGCCUCAUCUGGCUUCGUGGGGCUCCAGACAUGAUGCGCGUCAAGGACAUGACCCCCGAGGAGCUCGCCGCCGCUGUGGAGUACUUCUCCAAAACCUGCAUCGAGGCCUGGAGAGCGAACAUGGACGCCAAGCCGGUCACCUCGCACGAUGGCUGCGUCAACUACCUGGCCAAGUAUACCGCCAAGCCCGAAAACAAGUCGAAAACCAUGCAGGAGCUUUUCGAGGACGCUCUGUCUGGACUUCAGGAAGAGGACAGCGCCAAGAAAGCCAUCCAACGCCGCUGCAUCCAGUCCGUCAGUGAGCGCGACUACUCUUCGCAGGAAAUUCUUCACUUGGCCACUUCCCAGAAACUGUUCCGCUCCAGCAGGGCCUUUGUCAAGAUCGUCUUUACAGACAGGAAUUGGGUUCCGGUCGGACACAGCGCUCAAGACACAGAUGUGGCCGACGAUGUUGAAGCCGACAACCCCGACAGCCCCAACGAGGAUGCAGACUACGACCAAGAUGGCGAACUUGUCCUAGAAGAGGAACUCCCUCGGGGCUCUCUUCUGGACAAGUAUCCGAAGAGACCAGCCAACCUCGAGAACAUUACGCUGUGGGAGUUUGCCCGGGAGUUCCAGUUCAACAGGCAAACACGGAGGUGGUACAGAAGAAGGAAGGUCGCCGUCGUCUGCGUCUUCCCCCGUCUCCGACUCACGGGCAACGAGAUCCGCGACGAGGGCUUCUACCGCCAGCAAGUGCUGCUUCACGUGCCGUGGCGUGACGAGGACGCUGUGCUCGGCGAGCACGCCAACUGGCACGAGGUCUACGCGCAGCAUGACAUCGUCCCGCGUGGGGGCUAGCCCGCGCCGCAGGUCAACGAGGACGACGAGCUCGAGGACCUGGACUUCCCCGAGGCUGAACCCGACGAGGAGUGGAUGGUGAUCGCCCGGCAGCACCCCAACCAGGACGUGCAGCGCAUCGAGAUCGGCAGAAGAGAAAUGGACUUGGCGCACGACUGGGCUGCGGACGCUGCCACCUACGGGGACGUCGGUCAGUUGGUGCACGCCGUGGAACUGAGUA